CUGAAAUUUUACAAUGUUCGCUUUGUGGUAUUUAACAUUUGCUGUCGAUGAAAUCCGCAAGCGUUUGGCUUGGUUAUUUAGUUCCAACAAGCCUGCAGCGCCCGCGUUAGACAACAAGCCAGCGAAUCCAGCUCCUGCGCCUGCUCCAGCACCCGCUAAGGAACCCGCACCAGCCCCGAAGCCAGCAGCAGUACCUGCUCCAAAACCAGAGCCACCGAAACCUGCGGCGCCUGUUGUAACCAAGCCUACACCGGCCACAGCUCCUGCUCCAGCGCCUGCACCGGCUGCACCUAAAGAAGCGGCACCAUCUCCCAAACCUGAACCCACUCCUGCUCCUGCUCCUGCUCCAGUGGUUGCCCCACCGAAGCCUGUUCCUGCUACCGUAGUACCUCAACCAAGUACUCCACCAAAGACAGCUGAUAAGAUGCCUAUUCCGUUGCCAAAAUCGUUGACCGAGGCCAACACCAAUGGCAAUGCCACUAAUGGCAAUCAAAUCGGCGACAGCCUGGACAAGAAGCUAUUCGAUGCCCAGCAACCAGCCACCAAGGUUCCCCAGGAGCUGAAAGACGCUAGCAAUGACUUCAUUAAGGGCGAGUCGAACGCCUUCAUCCAGUCGAUCAAGGAGGCGCAGAAGGCUGGCGAGCGCAAACAAGACACCAUGGUUGACGCUGCUGUUCUCGCUAAACUGGAAGAGGGCUUUGCCAAGCUGGCCGCCUCCGACUCCAAGUCGCUGUUGAAGAAGUACCUGACCAAGGAGGUCUUCGACAACUUGAAGAACAAGGUGACCCCCACCUUCAAGUCGACUCUUCUGGAUGUGAUCCAGUCCGGUCUGGAGAACCACGACUCCGGCGUCGGCAUCUAUGCCCCCGAUGCUGAGUCGUACACAGUCUUCGCCGAUCUGUUCGAUCCCAUCAUCGAGGACUACCAUGGUGGCUUCAAGAAGACCGACAAGCACCCGGCCUCGAACUUCGGUGAUGUGAAGAGCUUCGGCAACGUUGACCCAACCAACGAGUAUGUGAUCUCUACUCGCGUCCGUUGCGGUCGCUCCAUGCAGGGUUAUCCUUUCAACCCCUGCUUGACCGAGGCCCAGUACAAGGAGAUGGAGGGCAAGGUCAGCACCACCCUGUCCGGUCUGGAUGGUGAGCUGAAGGGCAAGUUCUACCCCCUGACUGGCAUGGAGAAGGGCGUGCAGCAGCAGCUCAUCGACGAUCACUUCCUGUUCAAGGAGGGCGAUCGCUUCCUGCAGGCCGCCAACGCUUGCCGUUUCUGGCCCAGCGGCCGUGGCAUCUACCACAACGAUGCCAAGACCUUCCUGGUCUGGUGCAAUGAGGAGGAUCAUCUCCGCAUCAUCUCCAUGCAGCAGGGUGGCGAUCUGGGCCAGAUCUACACUCGCCUGGUCACUGCCGUCAACGAGAUCGAGAAGCGUGUGCCCUUCAGCCACGACGAUCGUCUUGGUUUCUUGACCUUCUGCCCCACCAACCUGGGCACCACCAUCCGUGCCUCCGUGCACAUCAAGGUCCCCAAGCUGGCCUCCAACAAGGCCAAGCUCGAGGAGGUUGCCGCCAAGUACAACCUGCAGGUGCGCGGCACCCGCGGCGAGCACACCGAGGCUGAGGGCGGUGUCUAUGACAUCUCCAACAAGCGUCGCAUGGGUCUCACCGAAUACGAUGCCGUCAAGGAGAUGUACGAUGGCAUCAACGAGCUGAUCAAGCUUGAGAAGAGCUUGUAAAUUGCCCACAGCAAACCACCAAGCAUCGCCCGAACCCCGGCUCUGCAAGCAACACCAUCCGCCUUCAGUCUGGGGAACGCAACAAUCAACAACAACAACAACAAGAACAGAAACACGUAGAAAUCUUCAGCUCGUCCGCCUUGUCGCUUUUGGGCGGUGCGGGCUGCCAAUCAAUCUAGUUUGUAGCGAUUGUGGAGCAGCUGUUUGUCUGUCCUAGGCCAGGCGUCUUUCGGCAUUUUCGUAUACUUUGAGAGAUCCGGUCUACAACAACAUGCAGUCCCUGCAGCACUACCACCCACAACAACAACAACAACAGCAACACCAGAAACAACAAUGGAGAACUAUUUGACAAGAACAAAAACAUUUGCUUAAUUCAAAACAAAACAAAAGAAUGUGUAACAUUUUGACACUCGUGUCAAGCAAAAACAA